AUGUCAGGGAGUUGUAGGGAGAUUUGUUGUUGUAGGGAGAGGUGUUGUGGUAGGUGGACUUGUUGUAGGGGGAGUUGUUGUAGGGGGAGUUGUUGGAGGGAGAUUUGUUGUAGAGGGAGUUGUUGUAGGGAGAGUUGUUGUUGUAGGUGGAGUUGUUGUAGGGGG